AUGGGUCGACGGAAGAUUGAGAUCAAGCCCAUCAAGGACGAUAGGAACCGCUCGGUUACUUUCCUCAAGCGAAAAGGAGGUCUUUUCAAAAAGGCGCACGAGCUCUCGGUUCUCUGCUCGGUCGAUGUUGCUGUUUUCAUUUUCGGCACCAAUAAGAAACUCUAUGAAUACUCUUCGAGCGACAUGCGCGAGCUGAUUACUCGUUAUACCUAUCACGGUGGCCCCAACGAACACAAGGGACCUAGCGAUUUCAACGGAGGUGGCGAUGAUGAUGACGAUUCGGCUAUGGAGGGCACUCCCCCUCAGAGGAAUUCCAUGGACCCUCAGAUGAUGCCACCACAAUUCCAAGGACAGCCACCCUUCCCCCACAUGCGGAACCAUACCCCUUCAGCGUCGCCUCCCAUCCCCAAUGGAGUACCUUUCCAACAACACCCAGGACACCCCGUUCAAAGAGGCCACACACCCCAAGCCCAGCUUGGAUCUCGCCCAGCAUCGAGGAACGACUCCAGGCGGAUGGGACCUGGUAUGAUGCCUCAACAGGGCCCUCCUCAAGCGCCUCCACCGCCACAAGUGAAUGGCUACGCUUUUAUGCCAAACCCUGCCAUCUACAACCCCCAGAACCCUCCUCCUAUGCAACACGGCAUACCCGCACACAACCCUCAAUAUCCCUACCCACCUCCUCAACCUCACGGAUCCCCGCCGCAAGCUCACCCCCAAUUGCCGCCCCAAUACAUGGAUGACCAGCGCCGAUCCUCAAUCCCGCCUAACUAUCCGCCCCCAGUCCCACAACAAGGACCUAUACCUCGCCCAGAACCGUCUCCUCAGCAGCAUCCCCAACAGCUCCCACAACCGCCUCCUCACAUCUCUCCGCCGCCUCCUCAACCCCAGCAACUGGAACCACACCCGCCACAGCAGCCGCAACCCCAGGAACCUCAACUCCCAGCCCCCAUGCCGCCAAAAUCUGAGCCUCCCGAGCGCCCACGAGUACCGCUGCUAAAUACGGACACCGCGAUCAAGAGGUUGCCCCAACGGAAGCAACACAGCAUCUUUACGCCUAUUGAUGAGAAUCGGUCAAUUCUAUCCCAACACUUGGCAUCUUUUACAACGGAACCUGAGCGUAUCAAGACUGAGAGCAACCGGUCUCAAUCGGUUGAUGGUGGUAGCGUAUCUCGCAACGAGAAUCUCACCAAAUCGCCUCCUCGCCCUCAGAGGGCGAACACCCAGACCAUGCCUAAACCCAGGCCUCCUGUUUCGAUUCCCGAGACCACGUUCACUCCUCCAUCUCGCUCCAAUAGUCUAAAGGUUGGCGGGGGAGUCGGUCGAGGACCGCGUCUGAAGGUACAGAUCCCCAACGGUGGUGGUCAGAAUGGCGACAGUGCGACAGCAGAAUCCACUUCGCCGCGCAACCCAGCUGAUGCAACGCCUCAAACGACUCGCCCUCCUCAUAUGAUCCAGGUACUCCCGCCACCGUCUCCGUCAGCUUCUGCUCGGCUCUCCGCGGGUGCAACCGGACCGCCUAACCCAUUUGCGCGUCCGCCCCCGCCUUCCCAGAACAACGGUGGUGGUAUGAACAUAGAUACUCCCGUAUCUGCUCUGCCGUCCCGAUUCCUUAAUACCGAAUUCCUGCCUAGUCCAAGCAGUUUCUAUCCGAACUGGGAUUUCCGGGGGAAUGAUAGCAACACGCUGGCCAGUCCAUUAAACUUUGCUACUCCCGUGGUCGGGACCGGCCCUUCCUUUCUAAGAGACGAUAACUCGACCUCGAUUGGGAAGCGGAAGAGUCCAGAGGCGGCCUCAGCCAACGGCGCCACGGAUACCCCAGACCAUAGCCAAGAGCCAAAACGAGUUAAGGUUGACUAA